UUAACCAUGAAACACUUUUUAAACCAUACAAACUAACUUGCAAAUUUACAAAAAAUCUGAAAAGUUUUCUGAAAAUAAUGAAGAAAUUAUCAUUCCCGAAGGAUCUUAUGAAGUGUAUGCAGGAAAUACUUAAAAGAUAUCCUCAUGGACGUGAUUCGCAGGGCCAUGUACACACUUUCGCCAUACAUAAGCAUAAUACUAACAACAAUAGGAUGAAGGGCGAAGUAUACAAAUCCCACAAGAUUAAUCUCCAGAAACCUAAUAACAUUGCAUGAAUAUAAUGUUCUUGUGAAUAUCAUAAACAUCAACGUAAUCAGAAUGGAAUGCAACACAAUUGCGGCUUGAUACAGUCAUAAAUCUUACAUAUGUAUAAUAUACCAGACCAGACCAAUGGCCAACUGUCCAACUGGCGAUCCAUAAGCAGCAGUUGGCUUAUUCCCCCAUUUAUUCACUUAUUUCACAGAGUAGCGAUAUGAUUACUCCCACCACAUUCUGCAAAUUCGCAUAAUUCAAAAAGUAGGGAUGGCUACGGAUGGGAUAUCGAUAUCCGACGUAUCAUUCGCUGCUCUGGAACCCCACUCUGAAAUCCCACCUCUUAGAAUCAAUGAGGAUAAAGCGAAAGCUCAAGGUUAAAUUGAACACAAGAGAGUGAAUGUUUAAGUGAAACCCACAGCAAUCGUGCCCCCUUACAAGAAAAGGUUCCCAGGUCUGACGCUGACUUUUUGAUGAAAUUUCGCAUAGUAGUAGAGCUUUUAAAACUCUAUGUUAUUAUAUUUGAUUUAUUUCUUUAUUUUCUUGAAAUAUGUAAUGUUAAAGUUGUUGGUAACAUAGCUAGAUAGAUAAGGUGGCUCUUGGGCCAUUGUAUCAUGGAGCGAGGGCCGGAGAGGGGGUGACUUAAUGCGACACAACGGAGCGGCUUAUCUUUCACAGGUUUUGUCACUGACAACUUCAACAUUAAAAACCUCAAAAACUAUUAGCCGUCUGCACUCAAUACAAAGCACCAUUAGAUUCAGUUUUACAAGCUUUGCCACUGUGUGGAAUCUCAUCAAAAACUCAGUGUCAGGUUUGGGUACCUCUCCUUGUGAGGUGUAAGACUAGUAAUGUGAUUGAUUAGCGUCAGUCGUUACAAUCCGACAUCGAAGUACGUAGUGUCAUUUACUUGGUAUCAAAUAUCAAGUACUUGGUAUCAUUUAUCAAUACUAAUACCUCUUCGUUCGAUACCACAUCAAAUGUAGCAACCAUGUCUAGUAGAGGUCGCGUGUAUACAUGGUACGUGAAACGUGUAGUAAGAGAUUAAGGAUUUGGACCCAUUGAUCAAGUAUGAGCCCGUGUGUGCUAAUAAUUAUUAAAUAUUCAGUGGAAGAAUGAUGUGAUAAUGAAUCUUUACAGUCCGAGUUACGGACAGAGAGUGUCAGUUAUCUUACACAAUACGCGCGAGCAACGGUCCCCACUUCUCCCGCAAUAAUCGAACACGCAGUCUUUAAAAUGAGAAAAUAGUUUUUAUUUCUUUCUGACUUUUAUUGCAUUUUUUCUACAAAUCGUUCGAUUUACUAAAGAAACUAACAGCCAAAUACGCGAUCUAUUCAGUUUUGUCUAACAUAUUCUUCGAUAUAAUUAAUAAUUUAGAAAUUAUUCGAAAAUAAACAUUUAAUCAAAUAUUUUAAAGUUCAAGGGCUUGGAGGCAUGUAUUCUGAUAUUGAUUUGAUCUCGUAUUGGUACCAGGGAUCCCAGCUCUCACCUCAAAAUGGCGGACAGAUCCCAGGAUGGGAAUCCGACGACACGUACGUGACACACGAUGCAAUAUUCGUGCGACCAAAACGCCAACUGUAGUGCCACAUUUCAUACGGAGUCCAUACCGUGUAACAAGAACUUUGACGCGUCGCAUUCCCACUCAAAGAUCUGUCCGCCAUUUUAGGGCGAAUGCUGGGAUCCCUGAUACCAGCGUUCGCAACCGAUGUCUUCGCAACUCCAUACACUUGCGUGUCUCGCCCAUACUAUUUUAGACAAUUAUCUUCAUACUGCCGUUCGAUCCUACUCGCCAUUUUACAUAUGGAUAUGCAUGCACACGCUCAUGCACAUUCACAUGACCAUUCAGAUGUACAUUCACAAUUAAUUCUCGACAAGGAGUUCACUUUCACAUUACUGUCACAAAACACUAGUCACUUAAUUAAUCCUCGGCAAUCGGGAAAGAUGUGCGGAUGUCCUUUGGAUUCUUCUCGUCGGCAAGCUCAUGAUGCCGUCUGUUUCCACCUCCUCGAGGAUUGCUUCCUCUGCUCCUAACGCCCGUACUAAACUCCUGCUCCUAACUCCGUGAUAAAAAUGAUUUUCGGUAAUCAGAACGGAACAUAACUGUACUUUCUAGUUUCAACGCGCGCUUUGAUUGCGAGCCGCCGCCUCGUCGCCUAACAACCCACGAAUCGAUGCCCCGGCCUCGCAUCUGGCUCGGUUGCUCUCCGCCGGUUUAUUUGCGGACGGCAGCACAGUGCCCUUCGGGAGCCAAUAACACAAGAAGUAUCUUACUGCCGGGCUUCCGGCGAAAUGCUGACGAGCGAUUUUUCUUUUUUAGUUGUGGUAAGGUGGAUCUGUUCCUGCCAGCUGUGCCGGCUUACCAGAUACAGUGACUCGCAUUAAGGUUGUAUUUUACAUAAUUGAGUAAAAUGUCGCCCAGACGAAAGAAAAACUACGGCGAAAAGCUUAAUUCGGAAGAUACAAUCAAAAUCUUAGUUGCAACCGAUAUUCAUCUCGACUAUAAUUUCAAUAAGAAAAGAGGACAAGAAUCGGAUGACACCUUUAUUACUUUUGAAGAAAUACUUCAAUAUGGCCAUGAACAUGAAGUAGACUUUAUACUGCUUGGUGGAGAUUUAUUUCAUGAUACGAAACCAUCACAGUCUGCCAUGUUAAAAUGUAUGGAGUUGUUAAGAAAAUACUGUUUAGGUUCCAGACCAAUUAAAAUUCAAUUUUUGAGUGAUCCAGAAUUAAUAUUCCAACACUGUCCUCAAAAAACUGUAAAUUAUGGAGGUCCAAAUGUUAAUAUUAGUAUCCCAAUAUUUUCCAUUCAUGGGAACCACGAUGAUCCAAGCUUUGCAGCAGUUGGAUCAAUGGACUUGUUAUCUAUCUCUAGCUUUAUAAAUUAUUUUGGAAAAUCAACAGAUCUCACUCAUAUUACCAUUCCUCCACUGAUAUUGAAAAAGGGUAAUACCCAUCUUGCACUUUAUGGCUUAGGCUACAUAAACGAUGCAAGGUUAUCACGCUUGUUGAGGGAUUCUAAGGUGGAUAUGUUACAACCAAAAAAUAUAAAUUGCUUUAAUCUGUUCGUCUUACAUCAAAAUCGCGCACCACAUCUUGAAUAUGGACAUAUUCCUGAAACAAAACUUCCCGAUUUCCUUGACUUUAUCAUAUGGGGGCACGAACAUGAAUGUCGUAUUACGCCAGAGUUUAUUUCUGAAAGAGCAUACUACAUUUCUCAACCAGGUAGCUCUGUUGCAACUUCUUUGUGCGAAGGUGAAGCAAGGACUAAACACAUUGGUCUGUUGAGCAUAAAUGGUAAGAGUUUUAAAAUGAAGAAGUUACAACUAAGAACUGUUAGACCUUUUGUGUUCGACAAUUUGAUUCUUGAUUGCAAGACUAUACAGAAUGAUAAUAAUUUGUUGCUUUCGGACUCUGUAUAUAAUUUCGUCGACGAUUACAUAGAAAAUAAGAUAAUACCCAAAGCUGUAGAACAACUAUCAAAUCACCCAAAGCAACCAGUAGUACCAUUGAUUCGAUUGAGAAUAUUUCAUACUAAAGACGAAGAAGUAUUUGAUACAAUUAAAUUGGCACAGAAAUAUUGUGAGGUAGUUGCUAAUCCUUUGGAAAUGAUUUUAUUCCGUAAAAAAAGUAGCUCCGGUAAAAGAUCAUCGUCUAAAUUUGACGAUUGUAGUGAUAUUUACCAGAAUAUGGCUGACAUUUUCGGCGACACUGAGGAGGAUCAAAGAUGGAGCAGAACCGUAGAAGGAGAACUAAAAAAAUACUUUAGUUUGGAAGAAAAUAAAAAUCUAUUAACAGUACUAACAGUGGAUAGUCUAAACGAAGCAUUAACUCAAUUUAUUAAUAAAGGUGAUAGCGAUGCUUUCAAAAACUUAGCAAGCCAUCAAAUGGAAAAAAUUGUGUCACAUUUGGAAACUAGUGAAGUUACUGCAAAUGCUGAAAGCAUCGAGGAAGAAAUUAAAAGUUUUGUUGAUAAAAGAAAGGAGAAAGCACAAGAUGAAGACAUGGAUAUACAAACAUUAUCCAUUACUAAACCUGCAAAACCCUCUACUAAUGACGAGAAGAGGUAGAGGUAGAGGAAGAGGAGCACGUAAUAGAAGUAAAGAAACCAAUAAAAGUUCUUUUGAUAUAACAACUAAGACAUCGUCUA